CAGAAUGGACGUAGCAGCUGAGAAUGACUGACACAACCACUUGCAGUAUUUAUGACCAAAACCUUUGACUAUAUCGCUUAUAUUUACGUCAGAUUUUUUUUUUCUUAAAACGAUUUCUUUGUCUCCAGCAACCGUAUAUUCGUUUGGAAUACUUCAUACCUUACUACUAUUCUGAACGUAAUCCUCGUCUCGGUAAGCGUUAGCCUGCUUUCCACAAUAACACGAGGUAACAUCACAGCGUCUUACAGUUAUAGGUAUUCUGUUUAGCAAGACGGAUUGUUGAGUAACAAACAUAGUCUUUGUGUUGUGACAUUAAUGGUACAAAUACUCGUAAUAAUAUUGAAUUAUUAUCUACCUAUCUGUACCUAAGGCGAGAGCUAGCCGUUAGCUAGGAACAGCUAAUAUUUAAUAAUUAAAUGAAUGCAUUGUGUCAACUGUAAACUAACCGAACUAGCUCAAAGCGCGAGCAGAGCUCACGCGCGGUUUCUAAGCUGCGAAAAGAAAGGAAAGGAUCGUCAGCAUGUCGGAUUUAAACAGAGAAGUUGUGGAGCUUGUUUGGGGGAAACAGGCGAGCAGCAGCGGUGUCUCAGCGUCUCUGUUCCGCAGGUGGACUCAAGGUUUUGUCUUCAGCGAGACAGAGCACAGUGCACUGGAGCAGUUUGAAGGUGGACCAUGCGCUGUGAUUGUACCAGUGCAGGCAUUCCUGUUAAAGAACAUCCUGUUCAACAUGGAGAUCGUGAACUGGAGAAAUAUCUCAGAUGAGGAGCAACGCUUGGCCAUGUGCUCUACUCUCUCUGAGAUUCUGGUGUCAGCCUGCACUGGCAAAACCCACAACUUCUGUCUUGCCACGUGGGCUCCCUCCAAAUCCACGGAAGAGAGCAGGGACAUCCCCGAAGACCACACAGAACCAGAAUCCAGUCAAAAUAUGCACACCCAACAGCAGCAGCAGCAACAGCAGCCGUCCACUGCUUUGGCUGAUGAGGAGCUUGGCUUUGAGCGGUUCCACAGCAUGGUACUCAAAAGGACACUUAAAACUAUUGCUGAGCUAAAGGAGACCAUACUAUCACUGUAUGACACGUGGAGGAAUAAAUUUGGUGUCUUGCUCUUCCUGUAUUCAGUAAUACUUACAAAGGGUAUUGAGAACAUAAAGAAUGAGAUAGAGGAUACUUCAGAGCCACUUAUUGACCCUGUAUAUGGCCAUGGCAGUCAAAGCCUGAUUAACCUGCUGGUGACAGGACAUGCAGUGUCAAACGUUUGGGAUGGGGAUAGGGAAUGCUCUGGAAUGAAGCUUCAUGGGAUCCAUGAUCAGACUACUGUUGGCUUUCUUACACUAAUGGAAUCACUGCGAUACUGCAAGGUGGGAUCAUUUCUUAAAUCUCCAAAGUUCCCUAUAUGGAUCCUUGGUAGUGAGACCCAUCUCUCUGUUUUUUUCACCAAGGAGAUGUCUCUGGUGGCCCCCGAGUCACCAUCAGAACAGGCCAGAAGAGUCUUUCAGACCUUCGAUCCGGAAGAUAACGGGUUCAUUCCUGACACAUUGCUCGAGGACGUUAUGAAGGCUUUGGAUCUGGUCUCGGAGCCUGAGUAUGUCAAUCUCAUGAAGACCAAGUUGGAUCCAGAGGGCUUAGGAAUCAUUCUGUUGGCUCCGUUCCUGCUCGAGUUCUUCCCUGAUCAGGGCUCAGGAAUUCCAGACUCAUUUCCUGUGUACCACUACAACGGCCUCAAGCAGUCCAACCACAAUGAGAAGGUAAGCUAUGUUGAGGGCACCGCUUUAGUUCUUGGCUACGAGAAUCCCAUGGUGCGUACAGAUGACACGCCGAUCAAGCGCUGCCUCCAGACGAAGUGGCCAUAUAUAGAACUUCUGUGGAACAUAGAGAGACCUCCGUCCCUCAAUUAACCCUUUCGCCAACACCUUACCUCUCAAUUGCACGUUCUCCAAACCAGGAAUUUAACAAGACUGGCAUAGUGCCUGGACUUAAUCCCCAAGACAAACGAUGCUGCCUGAUUCGCAUCGGCACGCUUGCUCUAAUCUUUAAUAAUUCAUCCAGCUUGUAGGGUUUUUUUUCCAAAAAGGUGGUGUUAUUUUUUUUUAGUUUGCAGAUUUUUUACAGGUUAAUUUGUUUACAAGGCUAACAGAUGACAAGUGAGUGAAGCAGACCAACUGAGCUGACCAAAUAAUCAUUAAUGGGUCUGUGGCUAGAUUUCUGUACAAAUGUAGAUUUGAUGGUGGUAACUGGGUCCAAGUAUUAAUCUGACCAAAGCCUCCUGGUGCUUCAGGCUACAUUCUGCAGCGUUUACGUAACUUGGAUAAACGAAAGCUCAGUUUCAACUGGUCUAUAAAGAAAUGCACUACAACCUAAAACGGGGCACAGGAAGACAGAGGAGGAGGAGGAUAAGGAGACUGAUUAGAAGGGGGACGGCGAGACAGUAUUGGGAUUUUGAACUUGGAUUUGGUAGUUUUUUAUUUUUUUCCACCACAGCAGUAACACCUAUUUAUUGUUCAUUGUCCCUGAAGUGAAGGGACAAACAUCCAUGUGCAUAUAUUAUUUACUCUGAUCUCGAUGAUUCACCAAAAUAAACUUUUUAUGUCU